AUGGGAAAUUAAGUGCCUAAGGCUUCAAUAAUUAUUGGAGGUGUUGCAAUUACAGCUGUACUGUAGUAUAAGUGAAUAUUUUAGAAUCCUGAAUUCAAGAAGAUAAAAAAGAAAUAUUAAUCAAUUAGAGCAGAGUUAAUAAGAAUAGAAUAAUGAAGUGCCUAUCCCAUAACAGCAGAGUUAAUAAGAAUAGAAUAACGAAGAGUAGAUUCCAUAAGAGCAGCCUUUUUAAAAUGCUUAAUAAGUAGUUAAUUAACCCGUAAACUAAAAUGACGAAGACUCAAAUAGCAUUGAUAGUGUGUCAUUCAUAAACAGAGUGAAUAGAGAAUUGAAAGCAUUUGAAGAAAAAUAAGUGCCUCUCUCUUUUGAAGUCUUAACCAAAAUUACAGAGGCAGGAUUUAGAUUAGUGGCUAGAAAUUACAGUUAAAUGUAAUAGAAAAAUAGAGAUGGUAAUGUAUUUUGCUAAUUUUAGAGAGAAGAUAAUUAUUGUAUAAUCCUUAAUUAUACACUUUGAAGGUCUUAGAAUUUAAUAAUGAGCUAGAAAUACUCAUUAAUUAAAUGCAAUUGGAUGUUUGCACUAAGCUUAGAAUAUCAUCUGAAAUAUAUGAAAAUAGCUAUGUUCUAUAAUUUUAAACAUAAGUUGCAUUAGAAAGAUUUAUAGUGUUUUAACUUUCUAUGAGAUAAUAAUUAAUGUAAGUAUUUGUUAUUGAUCGAUUAGAGCAUCAAUCCCAAGCUAAAAAGAAAUUAACGAAUCCUAGUUAGCCUAAGUAGUAGAUAUCCAAUUGAAAAAGCUUGAUGACAUUCAAUAUUUCAAAAAUUAUCUCUAAUAAUUACAAGUAAUAAGUUAUUAUAUUGAAGGGCGAGGACCAAUAAUUCAGCUCAAUUAUUAUUACUGUUUUAUUGUCAGAUAUUGUAUAUUAGUAACUCGGCUUUGAGGAAGAGGAUAUUUUGAAAGCAGUGCAUGCAUAUCCAGUAUUAAAGAAUUAACUGGGUUUGAUUCAACAAAAGGUUCAGGCUGUUAUGGAAAUGUGCUUCCAAUGAUUUAAUAAUAAAGUAUAAUAAAUUUAAAGGGCUU